CAGUCCUCCAAGUUUAUCUUUUCGUGGAGCCGAUUUUUUACUUCGAUCGAGAUUGCUUAGCACGAAUUACUCCACUCCCCAGAUCUCAAGUCCCCACAGCUGAAAUCAAGUUUGCCGUUCUCGUUAAGGAAGGUGUUAAAGAACGGUCGCUACGGCGAUUAGUUGAAGCCCUCCCGAGCUUUUACCCUGUUUGACACUCGCAGUAGUCUCAGACUUGACCAUCGACACAAAUCCGGUAUUACAAUGAUCUCUCUGGAGGAACAGAUACAGAGCAUAAUUGACAUUCUCAAGGAACAUGGACAACCAAAUUCUGAUGGUAAACAAUCCAUCACUUUCGGAGAACUGCUGGGAAAGACGCAUUCUGAUGCGCUCAAUAUGACGCUGAGAAAGGCAAAGAAGAAAGGAAUUUUAACCUUUGAUGGCGAGAUCCUCAUGCAAGGGAGAGUAGUCAGUGGGAGGACUCCCGAAGCUGACAACGACAUUCCAAUCGUGCUGCUGAGUGAGGAGAUUAAGUGAUAAUGAAAAUAGAAGUGCGUUGGGAUAGUGCGUAUGAUGUAGUAAUCAGUUGCGCGUGUAGCUAUCAACAAGCUAUCAGACUAUCAAGUGUAGCAACCGCCACGCAUUAAUCACCAUGCGCGUCUUUUAGAU